GACAUGACAACCAAUUGAUAAGCAUAAGCAUAUCUCGACAGAAACUUAUACAUAAAUUUGGCACAUAUUUACAUACAUAAUUGAUAUUGUUAAUAAUUGGGUAGAUAAUAGAAAAGUGUUACAGAAUACAGAUUUUACUCUAGUCACCCACAAAAUAACGGGUCCACAUUAUUCGAGUCUGACCCUUAUAGAGAGCACACUAAAUAUCAUCUGAUUUGCAAAUAUGAAUCAAAUAAUAAAGGCGCAAUGUUUAGUCUUGCUAAUCCUAUCCGUGCUAAACGCUGUGGUUAGCUGGGCCUACCUCGAUUAUGAAGCGCCAUGCAGUCCCAGUGAUACAGAGAACGUCUGCGACCCGUCCAAAUUCCUCAAGUGUAUAGAUAACACGUGUCUCUGCAAUGGAACAAUGGUCUGGGAUGUAAAGAAUGUGGAACGAUGCGGUUUAAAGCUGGGUCAGGUUUGCCCAAUUUAUCCAUCAUUCCGGGGUCCCUUCUGCUAUGGAACGGCGGUCUGUAAAGAAUCUGACGGUCAUCUGCAGCAAGGAAUUUGCACAUGCGUAUCACCCGAUGAACCAUCGCCGAAUGGGGAAUACUGUAUUCACCUGGCCCACAACGUGGGAGAAUAUUGCACCCAACAUUACGUGACCUGCAGUACCACAGAUCGCUUAAUAUGUUCUGGUACCCAAUGUACAUGUGAAUCGGGGUGGCUCGUUAAUGGUACCGUCUGCAUGGCGGGAUUUAACAGCACUUGCAAAGUUGGUAGCGAAUUACCCAUAGAAACAUGUAGAAGUAAUAAUUUGCUCAAAUGUAAUCCGGAAACUGAACGGUGCGAGUGCUCCCGCGGAACAGAUCACAUUUGGCAUGAAAAUACAAAAAUUUGUCUAACUAAAGCUGGGGCAACGUGUGAACAUGAUGAUUUCCAUCAUUACGAAUGCAUUGAGAAAGCGAGUUGUAGAACCGGACCAAACGGUUUGGGCAGAAUUUGCACCUGUAAUAAAUACCAUCACCCCUCUCCUGACGGAACUGAAUGUGUGCAAGACCCCGUUGAAAGAAUCCUAGCCCCUGGAGAACUCUGCGAUCCCGAAAAUCUCGUGGAAGUCUGUAAUUACGCCAAGGAUAAUGUGUGCUCCUGUCCUAACAAAAAUUUCACCUGCUCGUGCGAUUGCGAAAAACCGUUUCUCAUCAAUUCAAAGGGCGAAUGCCCAGCUGGGUUUGAAGCACCUUGCGAAAAUUUACCAAAUUCUCCAAUUAACUUGACCUGCAAUGAAGAAGCGUAUUUGAAAUGUCAUCAAAUUGGGGAAAAUUCUACGUGUGGGUGCGAUUCACCCCUUAGCCAAUUUUACGAUCGAGUUCUAAAAACGUGUCAACUACGAGUUGGUCAAGAGUGUGACCCGAGUCCAGACAAAAUUUCGUGUCCAGAAACUUCCAUCUGUCGCAAAACUGAUGGGGACAUCACACGUUGUUGGUGCGAGCAUAGCUACAAACCUUCCGAGGAUGAAAGGAGGUGUUACUACACUUACAGCGCAACCCAGUUACCGCACGGUGCGGCCUGCCAAGAGUGGAAUUAUCUCGAGUUUUGUCCGAAAUCUUGGAACUUAUUUUGUGUAAAUGGCACUUGCCAAUGUCCAGAAGAGAUUGAAGGAAAAAUAUGGUAGCAACUCUGAAUUUCAUGGAAACAGUGGCCGCGGAAGCCGUGACGGACCACAUUCGUGGGGACAUUGACAUUGUAGGAUAGGGAAAAGAGGGGUUUAUAUACGUAUAUGUAACAUGGACACAUGAUCCGGACAACCGUGGGGGAAUUGUCACUGUCUCGCCACGCUUGUGAAACAACUGUACUUCAAUUAAUGUGACCUUUCAGUAGCAUAUCUUUACCAACGCGGUGACGAUUUUGUAACCAAUCUAGAUAUUUUGAACUGUUGAAAUAAGUAUUUAACAAAGUCUGCAUAUUAACGAUAUCCUG